CCCUCGUGCACGUUGCUCGUGCACUUCACAGCAGGCGCGCGAGCAUCACAUGCGCGUUCACGUGACGAGAGAGAGCAAACUAUUCAUCAUCAGCGAGCCCAUUCAAUUUCUGUCCAGACGCCGAUCAACUCACAGCUACAACAAUGACGUCCGGUGUGAAAGUCACAGAUGAAGUCAUCGCCGUCUUCAACGAGAUGAAGGUGCGCAAGGCUCAGGCCAACGAGGAGGAGAAGAAGAUGAGGAAGAAGGCCAUUCUCUUCUGCUUGAGCCAGGACCGCAAGAACAUCGUGCUGGACGACGGCAAAGAGAUCCUGCUGGGCGAGCUGGGCACCACCAUCCAGGACCCGUACCAGCACUUUGUCAAGAUGCUGCCCCCCGACGACUGCCGCUACGCCCUGUACGACGCCACCUACGAGACCAAAGAAACCAAGAAGGAGGAGCUGGUCUUCAUCUUCUGGGCUCCAGACUGCGCUUCCAUGAAGAGCAAGAUGAUCUAUGCCAGCUCAAAAGAUGCUAUCAAGAGAAAAUUUGAAGGUAUUAAGCACGAGUGGCAGGUGAACGGUUUGGAAGACCUGAAAGACCGGCACACUCUGGCAGAAAGGCUGGGCGGCAACUCGGUAGUCAGCCUGGAGGGAUGCCCUAUAUAAAUACUCCCUGCCGCCUUCAUGGAGGCCUUUCGGGACACAUCUGUCGGGUUUAGCUGUUCAUUUCCUGUGCGGGUUGGAAAAGGGCGACAACUACAACAACAAAAAAAGAAAAUCAGAACCAGCACCAUUUGUGGGACUGUGGGGGGAGGGGGGAGGGGAUGAUGAUAAUUCCAAAAGACAGCUGUCUGUCAUUCCAAGUUAGAGUAGGAAGAAAAAACACAGAAAAGGUAAAGAUAGAACUAAAGGAAGGAGGGUGAUCAAUAUUUGUUUUUCUGCUCUUCCAGUCGAGCACCAAGAACAAAACAUUUUCUUUUUCCAACCAUUUUGAAAUUCUUAUGGACUUUUUUUUUUUUUUAUGCCAAAUGUCUAGUUGAAGUUUUGUAACGCUAGUUGUAGUCUCAACUAAUCCUCCUCUUCCUUGCACAGACAACAUUCUCUUUUCAACAUGCUCAAAUUCCAAAACCUCUUACCAAUUUUUUUUUAUUAUUUCCUGUUCAGACAAAAACGGCAUUUGAUGUUAUCAGAAACAUUCCUCUUUACCUUUUCUUCCCAGACCAGGAUCUAUUAUUUCAUUUAACUACCAUUGUUGGACAAGUGGUCAGAGUCUAGACUGAAUAUUGAAUGGUGGGUGUUUUGUAUCGUCUCCUAUCUCUAAUAAAAAGCACUAAACUAC